ACUGCGCUGUUCUGCGUGUUCUGCGUAUUUUCAUUUUCCACCGUGAAGACAAUUUUCUGUUGACGUAAUUUAAUUUGUUAAUAAUAAUCUUUUAGAGUAUCACCAUGAUACCUCUAUCGUUUAUUUUACGGUCUCGUUGUCGAGCUGCUUUAUCAGGAUGUGCGUAUAAUUACCUGAGAGUGAAUAUUAUGCCUGCGGCGAGAGUGAAGAACUUCUGUAGGAGCAGCAGUGUUCAUAAUCGUACUAUCGGUCAUUUAUUGGAUCAUUGGAGUCGAAAUUUUGAAAAUGAUGGAAUUUCAGAACCGGUUGAAUCUAUUGAACAUAUCGUUGCUCAUGUUAUGGGUACUAAGAAGAUAUUGGAUUUAGUUAAUAUGCGGGAGAGGGAACUGACCAAAGAGGAGGUUGAGAAAUUGGAAAUGUUAUGCCAGUGUAGAUUGUCUAGAAUGCCGGUACAAUAUAUUAUUGGGGAAUGGGAUUUCAGAGACAUUACUUUGAAUCUUAUACCGCCUGUAUUUAUACCAAGGCCAGAAACAGAGAUUCUUGUUGACAUUGUAUUGAAACAAUUGUCAUCGACACAGCAGGAGAAAUGUAGAAUUUUAGAAAUUGGCUGUGGCUCUGGUGCCAUUUCCUUGGCCCUUGCUCAUUCUUCUGACAAAGUACAAUCUGUUGCGAUCGACGUAAACAAACAUGCCUGUAAUUUGACCAGAAGCAAUUGUAAAAAUUUAGGCUUAGACGAUAGACUGACAAUUAUUAAUGCUGCGUUGGAAAAGGAUGGUAUUAUAAAAAUUCUUGAUGACACAGAAAAUAAGAUUGAAUUUAAUAGAGAAGAAUUUGAUUUCAUAGUCAGCAAUCCACCAUAUGUACCAACAUCAAAGUUAUCUGAACUCGCACCUGAGAUAAAAAUUUAUGAAGAUCUUAGAGCAUUGGAUGGCGGUAGUGAUGGUUUAGAUGUUAUAAAACCUCUAUUACGGUAUGCAGCAAAAGCACUAAAGACUGACGGUAGCCUCUUCAUAGAAGUGGAUACAUCGCAUCCUGAGUAUAUAGUCUUUUUUACCAAAAAGUAUUCAGAUCUGAAGCUGAAGCAUUUGCACACGUACAAGGAUUUUUGCAAUAACGAUCGAUUCGUUCAAGUAUUAAAGUUUAGAGACGUAUGAAAUAUGUCGCACAACGAUGCAGAUCUUGAGAUCUGAGAUUUUUAUAAAUCCAAACUUUGAUUUAU